AAUGGGCUUCACAUUGAGCCUUGCCACAUCCCCAUCUGACUAGCAGCCAUUCAUCAGGCUGGCUGGCCUAUCAAUGACAUUUCUCCCAUCAGGGCUCCUAUAAAAUGAUGCUUUUUCCCAUGAAACAUCCGCAAACAUUUUGACGGGUCUGGCUUUGCCCUGCUGGAUUACUGAGUGUCCCUCUCUCUCUCUCUCUUUCUCUCUCUCUCUCUAACCUCCCCCCCCCCUUCUCCCCUCUCUCUGUUCUCGGUGUGCAUCUCUGAGCUAGGGGAUCUCCAGACCCCGGGACUUUGGGGCUUCUGUACUGCCCAUGGGAAGAGCAUGCAUUGUGGGUUACUGGAGGAACCCGACAUGGAUUCCACAGAGAGCUGGAUUGAAAGAUGUCUCAAUGAAAGUGAAAACAAACGGUAUUCCAGUCACACCUCUCUGGGGAAUGUUUCUAAUGAUGAAAAUGAGGAAAAAGAAAAUAACAGAGCAUCCAAACCACACUCGACUCCAGCUACUCUGCAAUGGCUGGAGGAGAACUAUGAGAUUGCAGAAGGCGUUUGCAUUCCUCGAAGUGCUCUCUACAUGCACUAUUUGGACUUCUGUGAGAAAAACGACACGCAGCCUGUUAACGCUGCCAGCUUUGGGAAGAUAAUAAGACAACAAUUUCCACAGUUAACAACGAGAAGACUCGGAACCAGAGGCCAGUCAAAGUACCAUUACUAUGGCAUUGCAGUGAAAGAGAGCUCUCAGUAUUAUGACGUGAUGUAUUCUAAGAAAGGAGCAGCCUGGGUCAAUGAAACAGGAAAAAAAGAAGUAACCAAACAGACAGUGGCGUAUUCACCACGAUCCAAACUUGGAACGUUACUGCCAGAGUUUCCAAAUGUCAAAGAUCUAAAUCUGCCAGCCAGUCUGCCAGAGGAGAAGGUUUCUACCUUUAUUAUGAUGUACAGAACUCACUGUCAGAGGAUACUAGACACUGUAAUAAGAGCCAACUUUGAUGAGGUUCAAAGUUUUCUUCUGCACUUUUGGCAAGGGAUGCCGCCUCACAUGCUUCCUGUAUUGGGUUCUUCCACUGUAGUAAAUAUAGUUGGGGUUUGUGAUUCAAUAUUGUACAAAGCUAUUUCUGGAGUUUUGAUGCCAACAGUACUGCAAGCAUUACCUGACAGCUUGACUCAGGUGAUCCGAAAGUUUGCAAAACAGCUGGAUGAGUGGUUAAAAGUAGCUCUCUACGACCUGCCAGAAAACCUCCGAAAUAUCAAGUUUGAGUUAUCCAGAAGGUUUUCACAAAUUCUCCGUCGGCAGACCUCAUUAAAUCAUCUCUGCCAGGCAUCAAGAACGGUGAUCCACAGUGCAGACAUUACCUUUCAAAUGCUGGAGGACUGGAGGAAUGUGGAUCUGAACAGCAUUACCAAACAAACUCUCUAUACCAUGGAGGAUUCACGUGAGGAGCACAGAAAGCUCAUCAUACAAUUGUAUCAGGAGUUUGAUCAUCUUUUGGAGGAGCAGUCACCCAUUGAGUCCUACAUUGAGUGGCUGGAUUCCAUGGUGGACAGAUGUGUUGUGAAGGUAGCUGCCAAGAGACAAGGCUCUUUGAAGAAAGUGGCUCAGCAGUUCCUCUUGAUGUGGUCCUGCUUUGGCACACGAGUGAUUCGGGACAUGACUUUGCACAGUGCACCCAGCUUUGGGUCUUUUCACCUUAUUCACUUGAUGUUUGAUGACUACGUAUUAUACCUGUUAGAAUCACUGCAUUGUCAGGAGAGAGCUAAUGAAUUAAUGAGGGCAAUGAAAGGAGAAGGAAGCACAGAAAUACGAGAAGAAAUUAUAUUGACAGAACCUGCUCCUCCAACUCCUUCCCCAGUGCCAUUCUCUCCAGCUAAAUCUGCCACCUUGGUGGAAGUGCCGUCUGCACCCUCACCUGUGAGCAGUCAAUCCCCAGAGUACGCUAGCAUAGCAACUACAACAGGAGCUAUGCAGUCCUAUACAUGGUCACUCACAUACACUGUGACAACAGCUGCUGGUUCACCUGCUGAGAACUCGCAACAGCUGCCCUGCAUGAGAAGUCCUCAUGUGCCUUCUUCAUCUGUCACACACAGGAUACCUGUUUACCCCCACAGAGAGGACCACGGGUACACAGGAAGCUACAACUAUGGUAGCUAUAGCAACCAGCACCCCUAUCCAAUGCAGAGUCAAUAUCCAUCUCUAUCACAUGACACUACUAUUUCUGGACCACUUCAUUACUCAGCUUAUCACAGAAGCUCUUCACAGUACCCUUUUAACAGCCCGACAUCCAGGAUGGAGCCCUGUUUGAUGAGUAGCACCCCAAGACUGCAUCCAGCCCCUGUAACUCCUCGCUGGCCAGAAGUCCCAUCAGCAAACACGUGCUACACAAGUCCAUCCAUGCACUCCACAAGAUAUGGAAACUCUAGUGACAUGUACACGCCCUUGACAACUCGCAGGAAUUCUGAAUACGAGCACAUGCAACACUUUCCUGGCUUUGCCUAUAUCAAUGGAGAAGCCACCACAGGGUGGGCUAAGUGAAAAUGACUCAUACAGCAUGAGCCCCUAUAUUUAAUAAAGACAGAAAAACUUUAUAUCUGGCUAUUACAUGGGACUUUAUCUGAACAUUCGUUAACGGACUUGAAUCGAUCCUGGACAGAUAAUUUUAGUUCAUAAUCUGGACAUAUUGCAGACCAGUGUGAUGGAGUGUUCCUGUAACAAGAUUUAACUGUUACUAUAGAGCAUUAUAUUGGCCAAGCUGUGCCUUCUUUUUCUUCUGUGGUAUGGUCUGGCCCUGUUGUGAUGUCAGUUUCACUGAGCCAUUCUCCCCCUCCCCCCUUAUUGACAAAUGUUAAUUAGUCUUUAAGGAAAGAUGUUAGAGAGAAAUCUAUUUAUAAUUUGAGAUAAAGACAAAAAGUUGACCAUAACAAAGCUCUGGCACCUCUACUGGGUUCUUUAGAGACAUUCUGUCAGGUCGUUACUUGUUGUCCUAAAUUCCUUUUUUGGGCUCCUUAAAUGGUAUGUGUUGUUAUAGGCUUCAGUUUACACAUAACUUUGUAUAUUGAUGCACCUUUCUGUUGAUCAAAUAAGUGUUAUCCUUACAAAAGAAAGACAUGUAGCAUUGAAUGAUACACUGCCUUAAGUUGACUGUGGUUCUUAUUAUGUAUGUAUUUGUAUUAAGUUUGCACAAUCUGGUUAAAUGCAACAGCUCUGGUCUGUAACAUCAAGGUUAAGAAGGGAUUUUGAGACUGGUAAAGUGUUGGAUUCAGAGCCACAUAUGUUAAAUACGAUGAUACAAAGCAAUUAUAUAAAAGUGACAAUACAAAACAAAUUAUUCAUUUCAUUACCUAUCGACAGGUAUGAAAACCACUCUUCUGAUUCCUUCACAAGAUGACAACUCAAUAUGUGUCUACAAAAAAAUAAUUCAAAGCUGUGCCUUUGAACUUAUUCUGUAAUGUGUAUGUGUGGGAAAAUGUAUUGUAUUUUUGGGAGAAUUUUUAGUAGACAUUUUCUGUCAGAUUUGUAGGUAUUUGUGAGUUUUUGUUAGAAUUUAUUAACAUAGGUUUUUCUUCUUAUUAUAAAAUGCACCAAGCAAUUAUGGUGGACCUAUUACCCUAUGGGUAAGAAAUAAAUAAAUGGAAAUACGACAUCGGGCAUUUUAGUAAUUGUUAUGUAAAUAAAAUCUUUGAUAACACCCAGUGUGAUGAUAACCAUGUUUAUGGCUAAAAUGGAAAUAAAUAUUAUUUGUACAGUUGUGCAAGAUAUAUGAAGGAUUUUC